AUGUCCGCAAAUAUCGUGUUGGACAACCGCCAUGCUCAUUACACAAACCUGGACUUUUUGACGGGCAAAGUGGUGCUACAACUUCCAACUGAAGCAGCGAUCGGGGGUAUUCAGGUCAAAUUAGAGUGCGAGAGUCGCACUCCGCACGGAGCUCGAGGUUCACAAGGUGAGAAGAAGCCCUUGCUGUUGAAUGGGAGGGUCAGAACUGGUCCGAGCAUUGGCUCAUCGAAAACGCAGAUCCUCUACAAGGUCGCUACCGUCUUCCCCACGCCUGGUGUGAUGCAAAAUGGGUCUCCCGCGCCUUCAUAUACUUUCGCUGCGGGAAAUUACGAAUAUCCGUUUCAGUUCAAGUUCCCCUUUAAUAAUUCAUGCAACUCCACUAACAGCAUGCUCACCAAUCUCAAUUUCUCUGGGCUGAAAGUUGAAGUAGCGAAAGACACCAACAGGCAUGUCAGGAAGACCCUUCCACCAUCCCUGAGUGGGUUCCCAGGAGAGGCAGAUAUCAAAUACUUUGUCAAAGCCACUGUCAUUCGGCCGCAAUUCUACAAGGAAAACAUCAGAUCUAUUAUGCCUUUAAAUUUUCUCCCGAUUGAGCCACCAAGGACCGGAAAUCCGAACGAGGAAACCUACGCCAGACGGCAGCACCAAUUCUCCAAGAUACAACCCGGAUCCAAGAAGAAGAGUAUCUUCUCACGUGGGUCUAAUAGCCUUCGAGAUAUCUAUUCAGAACCUCCAAGGGUGUCUGUGGAUGCUCGUCUUCCCAAUCCAUCCAUUCUUACUUGCAACGAACCCGUUCCACUUCGUCUCCUUGCUAAACGACUGAAUGAGGGCCCAGAUAUCAUCUUCCUUCAAAUGUUGCAAGUUGAGCUAAUCGCUUACACAAAAAUUUUGGCACAUGAUCUUACACGCACUGAAAGCGGCUCUUGGGUUGUCAUGAGCCGUAGCAAUAUGAAUAUCCCGUUAGGCAAGCCAGAGGAUCCCAUAGGAACUGAUUGGACCAUUGACCCAGGCCUAUGGAAUCGCUUAUCCCUGCCCAAUUCAGUGGCGCCAUCUUUUGAAACGUGCAAUAUCGAAAGAUCAUACGAGCUGGAAGUUCGGGUCGGCUUGACACAUGGCAACUCCAGAGAAAUGAAGCCCCAACUCAUCGUGCUACCUUUGCGAAUGCCAGUUAAGAUUUUCUCCGGAAUUGCACCGCCACAGGCUCUUCUCGACGCAAUGGCUGCAGCCUCUCUCGAACAAGGAAAGCAAAAGCCCCAGGCCAGUGUUCCGGAAGAAACAGCAGACAGCCGCCCACCCAUGCCACCCCGGCCCAGUGGCGAGCCUGUUCCCGUGAACUCAGGUGACGUAUUUGAUGAUGCCCCACCCAGCUACGAGGAUGCGAUGGCAGAUCACCUUAGCCCAGUAGAUGGGCCCCGCCGCGAGUAUCACCCACCGGAGGCCUCCCAGCCCAUGGAAUCUGGAACUGAUGGCAAGCCCGCAGCCCAGGGUCCUUACCAUGAGGAUCGGCCUGCGGCAGAAGGAUCCUCGGCGCCCCUCCGACGCGAUCACCGUUCUUCCUCGGAGUCCUUUGACAUGCUUCCUACCACACCACCAGAGUCGCACUCUGGCUCCCCUCCUCCAUCUCCGGUUAGACGGCCGGGCAGUAUGAUGAAGAUUCCACGGAACCCUGUCGAUGACGAAAGUCCACCGCAGUACGAGCCUGUUGGUGCGGCCCAGGGUGUUGCCCAGACACAGCGCCAACCUUCCCGGAACAAUCGACCCAUGAAUCUCGGUGUUCCAAGUCGGAAACCAGUCCCACGAAGCCCGGAUCAACGAGGUCAUUGA